GGGGUUCGUCACCCUCCCGCGUUAUCCAUCCUCUUCCAAACCCAAACCCCACGAGCUCCCCUCCUCCCCUGGACUGGAUAGCAAUCUAGGGUUUUAUCCCGAGCCCGCGCGCCGCUCCAAUGGCGCUCGCGGGCGCCUCCUCGUCGGCCUGCCUCCGCCGCCUCAACCCGCUCCUCUUCUCCGCCCACCGCCGCCCCGCGUGGACCCCGCGCCGCGCCGCCCGCAGGUUCUGCGCAGCUGCAGUUGCCUCGGAGAGAGAUGUGUUCACCUCCCCGGAGGUCGCCAAGUCGUUCGACUUCACCAAUGAGGAGCGGAUUUAUAAGUGGUGGGAGUCUCAAGGAUUCUUUAAGCCUAACUUUGAUCGUGGAGGAGAUCCAUUUGUCAUCCCAAUGCCACCACCGAAUGUUACCGGAUCGCUGCAUAUGGGCCAUGCUAUGUUUGUCACCCUUGAGGAUAUAAUGGUAAGGUAUUUCCGUAUGAAAGGAAGGCCUGCACUUUGGUUGCCUGGUACUGACCAUGCAGGGAUUGCCACUCAGUUGGUUGUGGAAAAGAUGUUAGCUGCUGAAGGAAUCAAAAGAACAGAUCUGACCCGAGAGGAGUUCACUAAAAGAGUUUGGGAGUGGAAAGAAAAGUACGGGAGCACUAUCACUAAUCAGAUUAAGCGAUUGGGUGCAUCUUGUGAUUGGAGUCGUGAGCGUUUCACUCUUGAUGAACAAUUAAGUCGUGCAGUUAUUGAAGCAUUUGUUAGGCUUCAUGAAAAAGGGCUUAUAUAUCAAGGAUCUUACUUGGUCAACUGGUCUCCAAACCUACAGACUGCAGUAUCUGAUUUAGAAGUGGAAUACUCUGAAGAACCUGGUAAUUUGUACUUCAUCAAGUACCGUGUGGCAGGUGGAUCAAGGGAUGAUUUUAUGACUAUUGCAACAACACGGCCUGAGACUCUCUUUGGCGAUGUUGCAAUUGCUGUAAACCCAGAGGAUGAACGUUAUGCAAAAUAUGUGGGCAAAUUGGCUAUUGUUCCCUUGACAUUUGGGAGACAUGUUCCUAUUAUUGCUGACCGGUAUGUUGAUCCAGAAUUUGGAACAGGGGUGCUGAAGAUUAGCCCUGGACAUGAUCAUAACGAUUAUCAUAUUGCACGAAAACUUGGGUUGCCAAUUCUCAAUGUUAUGAACAAAGAUGGUACACUAAAUGAUGUUGCUGGAUUAUACAGUGGCAUGGAUCGUUUUGAGGCACGGGAGAAGUUGUGGUCUGACCUUGUUGAGACUAACUUGGCAGUAAAGAAGGAACCCUAUACACUUCGAGUUCCUAGAUCUCAACGGGGUGGUGAAGUAAUAGAGCCAUUGAUUAGUAAACAGUGGUUUGUCACUAUGGAUCCAUUAGCUGAAAAGGCCCUUCAUGCUGUUGAAAAAGGGCAACUAACUAUUCUUCCAGAGAGAUUUGAAAAGAUAUAUAAUCAUUGGUUGACAAACAUAAAGGAUUGGUGUAUUAGUAGGCAACUGUGGUGGGGUCAUCGGAUCCCUGUUUGGUACAUCGUUGGAAAGAAAUGUGAGGAAGACUAUAUUGUUGCUAGAAGUGCAGAGGAGGCACUUGCAAAGGCUCAGGAAAAAUAUGGAAAAUCAGUUGAAAUAUAUCAAGAUCCUGAUGUUCUUGACACUUGGUUCUCAAGUGCUCUGUGGCCUUUCAGUACACUUGGUUGGCCAGACCUAUCCAGUGAGGAUUUUAAGCACUUUUAUCCUGCAACUGUUCUUGAGACUGGCCAUGACAUUUUGUUCUUCUGGGUUGCACGAAUGGUCAUGAUGGGAAUUGAGUUUACAGGAACUGUGCCAUUUUCUUAUGUUUAUCUUCAUGGUCUCAUCCGGGACUCUGAGGGACGAAAAAUGUCUAAGACACUGGGGAAUGUCAUUGACCCUCUAGAUACCAUCAAAGAGUACGGGACAGAUGCAUUGAGAUUUACACUUUCCAUGGGUACCGCAGGCCAGGACCUUAAUCUCUCUACAGAAAGAUUGACAUCAAACAAGGCUUUCACCAACAAACUCUGGAAUGCAGGCAAAUUUUUGUUGCAGAAUUUGCCUGAUAGAAGUGAUGCCACUGCAUGGGAUGUCUUGUUAGCAAAUAAGUUUGAUACAGAAGCGUCACUUCAGAAACUACCACUGCCAGAAUCCUGGGUGGUGACAGGAUUACACGAACUCAUCGAUAGGGUCAGCACAAGCUACGACAAAUUUUUCUUUGGCGAUGCAGCUAGAGAAAUCUACGAUUUCUUUUGGGGGGACUUUGCUGAUUGGUAUAUUGAAGCCAGCAAGACACGUCUUUACCACUCUGGUGAUGAUUCAGCUUCUUCUAUGGCACAAAGUGUUCUGUUGUAUGUGUUUGAAAACAUACUGAAGCUAUUGCACCCCUUCAUGCCCUUUGUCACUGAAGAGUUAUGGCAGGCAUUGCCAUACAGAAAACAAGCAAUUAUUGUUGCCCACUGGCCUGCGACUGAUCUCCCUAAGAAUUCUCUCUCGAUCAAGAGAUUUCAGAAUUUGCAAUCGUUGAUAAGAGGUAUCAGAAAUGUUCGAGCAGAGUAUUCUGUUGAGCCAGCCAAGCGAAUAUCUUCAUCAGUUGUUGCUGCCGCAGAUGUCCUAGAUUACAUAUCGAAGGAGAAGCAGGUCCUGGCUUUACUUUCAAAGCUUGACAUGCAGAGUAUACAUUUUAGCGAGUUGCCGCCAGGUGAUGCAAAUCAGUCGGUCCACAUUGUUGCUGAUGAGGGUCUGGAGGCCUAUCUACCCCUGGCUGACAUGGUGGAUGUUUCUGAGGAAGUUAAGCGGCUGUCAAAGCGCCUCUCUAAGAUGCAGUCGGAAUAUGAUUCUUUGCUGGCCCGUCUCAAUUCAGGAAGUUUUGUAGAGAAGGCCCCAGAAGAAAUUGUUCGUGGAGUUCGUGAGAAAGCAUCAGAAGCAGAAGAGAAGAUCUCCCUCACCAAGAAUCGGCUCGCUUUCCUGCAGUCAACAGUAUCAAGUUAGAUUCAGCAGUCACCAUUGACGGUGUCAACCUGCCAUCUAAAUAACAAUUUUGAUUAGUCCUGAUUUGGACGAGAGAUGCCACUUCCGGAUAUAAAUUGGCGUGUCAGAGUAGUGAGUGCCAUUCCAUUUUCGCGUGUGCAGGACAUUGCAACUGGUGCACGCAUCUUACCGAUAAGUUCUACUAUAUAACACUCAUUUAUACGUCUACUAGGUAUGCCUGUACGCCUGUGCGUUGUAACGGGACAAUAGUUGUACAUACAUAAACAAUACAUAAACAAUGAAUGGAAUAAACAGUUGCACACAUCUGUAUUAGUGAAA